AUGGCUAGCGCAACUGUUAUCGACAAGCCCAACAUUGGUGUCUUCACCAACACCAAGCACGAUCUGUGGGUCGCUGAGUCCACACCCUCUCUCGAGCAGGUUAAGAGUGGUGAAGGAUUGAAGCCCGGUGAGGUGACGGUCGAGGUUCGGAGCACUGGAAUUUGCGGAUCCGACGUUCAUUUCUGGCAUGAGGGCUGCAUUGGACCCAUGAUUGUCACUGGCGACCACAUUCUGGGCCACGAGUCCGCCGGUCAGGUUAUCGCGGUCGCGUCGGAUGUCACCCACUUGAAGCCUGGCGAUCGCGUCGCCGUCGAACCCAACAUUAUCUGCAAUGCCUGCGAGCCCUGUCUGACCGGUCGUUACAACGGUUGUGAAAAUGUCGCGUUCCUUUCCACUCCUCCCGUCGACGGACUGCUGCGACGCUAUGUCAACCACCCCGCCAUCUGGUGCCAUAAGAUCGGUGACAUGAGCUACGAGGACGGCGCUCUUCUGGAACCUCUUAGCGUGUCGCUGGCCGCGAUCGAGCGUAGCGGUCUUCGUCUGGGUGACCCCUGCUUGGUCACCGGUGCUGGUCCCAUCGGUCUGAUCACCCUGCUCAGCGCUCGCGCCGCCGGCGCAAGCCCCAUCGUCAUUACCGACAUUGAUGAGGGCCGGUUGGCCUUCGCCAAGUCGCUGGUUCCCGAUGUCCUCACCUACAAGGUGCAGAUCGGCCUGUCGGCGGAGGAAAACGCAGAGGGUAUCGUGAAGGCCUUCAACAACGGACAGAGCUCGGGCCCCGAUAUCUUGCGCCCCCGACUCGCUCUGGAGUGCACAGGUGUGGAGAGCAGUGUCGCAUCCGCCAUCUGGAGUGUGAAGUUCGGAGGCAAGGUCUUCGUGAUUGGCGUGGGCAAGAACGAGAUGAAGAUCCCCUUCAUGCGUCUGAGUACUCAGGAGAUCGACCUGCAGUACCAGUACCGUUACUCGAACACCUGGCCCCGUGCCAUCCGUCUGGUGAAAAACGGCGUCAUCGACCUGAAGAGGCUGGUCACUCACCGUUACACCUUGGAAGAUGCUCUCAAGGCCUUCGAAACGGCCGCAAACCCCAAGACGGGAGCCAUCAAGGUUCAGAUCAUGAGCUCCGAAGAAGAUGUCAAGGCUGCUUCGGCCGGGCAGAAGAUCUAA